AUGGCUCCCUCUGAUCGCAUCGAGGAGCCCGACGCUCGGCGCAAGCGCCCGGCGCGUCUGGAAGAGGCGAUCACCAAUCCCGGCGCCGUCAAGAUCAAUGUCAAGGGCGCUUUCAUCGUCGAUGACGAGCCUCGAUCGCGGAGUCCCGUUGAGGCUGACGGCGUGCACUACGAGAACAAGGAUAUCCGUCUACCGCAUCAUACGGGAGUUGUGAGCCAUGUCGCCGUCGAUAUCGGAGGUUCACUGGCCAAGCUGGUCUACUUUACCCGAGAGCUGGACGCCGCCGACAAUGGCGGUCGCCUUAAUUUCAUCAACUUCGAAACCCACCGGAUCGACAUUUGCAUCAACUUCAUUCGGCAAUUGAAGGAGGAGCACGAGAAGCGUAAUGGCACUGCUCGCGACGAAUUAUGCGUGGUUGCUACAGGUGGAGGAGCCUUCAAGUUCUAUGAUAAAUUGAAGGAGGCGCUGGACGUCAACAUAUUACGGGAGGAGGAGAUGGAAUGCCUGAUCAUCGGGCUCGAUUUCUUCAUCACCGAGAUCCCCAACGAGGUGUUCACGUACAGCGACUCUGACACAGAGCCCAUGAAAUUUGCCGAGGCUCGACCCGACGUUUACCCCUACCUCCUCGUCAACAUCGGCUCCGGCGUGUCAAUGAUCAAGGUGUCCGGCCCUAGACAAUUCCAACGGGUUGGUGGGACUCAUCUCGGCGGAGGAACCUUUUGGGGGAUCAUGUCCUUGCUAACCGGCGCCCGAACCUUUGACGACAUGCUGGCCAUGGCGGAUCGCGGCGAUAAUAGCGGGGUAGAUAUGCUCGUCGGAGACAUCUACGGGAUGGACUACAGCAAGAUUGGGCUGAAGAGCACUGCCAUCGCCAGUACUUUUGGCAAGGUCUUUCGCUUGAAGAAUGCGGCCGAGCGUGGCGCUGAGGACGGCGAGGGCUUGAUUCAUGAGGAUCCUGAGCAGAGUAACGGCGGUGUCAAUUUCCGGCACGAGGAUAUGAGCCGAAGCCUUCUCUACGCUAUCAGUAACAACAUUGGCCAAAUUGCCUACUUGCAGUCAGAGAAGCACCAAGUCAAACACAUUUACUUUGGAGGUUCUUUUAUCCGAGGCCACCGCCAGACCAUGAAUACACUGUCUUAUGCCAUUCGCUUUUGGUCCAAGGGCGAGAAGCAAGCCUAUUUCCUGCGCCAUGAGGGCUAUCUGGGUGCAGUCGGUGCUUUCAUCCGCCGCCAACCUCAGAACUGGGGACGCCGGAACAGUAUUGACGAGGUGGCAGCACCGCAGGCGGUCCGAAAUCUUGCUCAGAAUAAUGUCUUGGAUCAUGAUCAUGAUCAGAAUGGUGCAUCUGCCUUCUCAUGA